CUCCGCCAUGGCGUACCGGGGUCAGGGCCAGAAAGUCCAGAAGGUGAUGGUGCAGCCCAUCAACCUCAUCUUCAGAUACUUGCAGAAUAGAUCCCGGAUCCAGAUGUGGCUGUAUGAGCAAGUGAAUAUGCGGAUAGAGGGCUGUAUUACUGGUUUUGAUGAGUACAUGAACCUUGUAUUAGAUGAUGCAGAAGAAAUUCAUUCUAAAACAAAGUCAAGAAAACAACUGGGUCGGAUCAUGCUGAAAGGAGAUAACAUUACUCUGCUACAAAGUGUCUCCAACUAGAAAUGAUCAAUGAAUUCAAUCA